GCUCUGAACAACCGGAUUAUAUAAACAUCAAAUAUGCGUUCAUUAUACUAGUUAAACAACAUAUCCUUCCCAUAAUUUCAGAAAUACAUAUUAUGGGCUUAUUGUGUAACAUAAAAUCUAAAAGAAAAUUGGCACUGAUUUAUUACAUUACAUAUAGCCUAAUAUCUGUCAAAACACCAGCUAUAGGUGUUGAAAAUAUCACAUCGUUAACAAGAAAACGUGUUGUUGUCCAUGUCCGCCACCAUGUGGAUGAUGUCCUCCGCCAUGACCAUGAUGAGCAUGAGGGUGAUGUCCUCCGCCAUGACCAUGAUGAGCAUGUGGGUGAUGUCCUCUACCACCGUGACAAUGCCCUCCUCCUCCACCUCCAUGAUGAUGCCCACCGCCACCAUGACAAUGCCCUCCUCUUCCGCCAUGGUCAUGUCCUCCGUGAUGUCCUACGCCAUGACCAUGACCAUGUCCAUGUCCUCCAUGAUGUCCCACACCGUGGGGGGGAGUAUGAUGAUGAUUUCCGUGGUGAGACAUUUUCUCAAGUAUCGCUCAAAUCAAAGCUCAGGAAGUGAGUU